AAAAAAAAUAAAAAUAAAAGGAGAGCUAUAUAUAUUUUGUUCUGUUUCUUCGAUAUUGUGAGAUUGGUCUUACCUUAGAUUGCUGGAACCAAUAGCUCAAAAACGGGUACAUCUCGAUCGUCCGAUUCUGAUCAUAAAUCGGAUAUCGUCUUACUUAAUUAAGGAUCCUUAUAUAUGAACAGUGUCUGUACAAAUUCUUGUUUGCCUGCUCUUGAUGAUCUUUCUUGAUCUAAUGGGUCGAUUUUGAUUUUAGAUUUAUGUUCAAUUCACAAACUAAUAUAAUACUUUCGUGUUUUUGCUAUCUGGAAUUUUGAUUCUCAUUCUUUCAUUGUGAGACUGAGUUAUAAAGUUUCAAAUGACAUCAUUGGUUGCUAAAGGAAGUAGUAGUGGUAGUUGUCAAGUGUCUCCUCUGAUGCCGGUUCAAGAAAAAGGAAGCAGAAACAAGAGGAAGUUUCGAGCUGAUCCGCCUUUAGGUGAAACGAAUAAGAUUAUCCCUUCAGCUCAAAAUGAGUGCCCGACUUAUGAAUUCUCUGCGGAGAAAUUUGAAAUCACCCCGGGUCAAGGACAAGCUAGUGCCUGUGACUUGUGUGGUGUUACACAAGACCAUUCUGAUGGAUUAAAACUAGACCUUGGAUUGUCUACUGCCGAAGUUUCGUCUGAGGUUGGUCCAAGCCGAUCUAGAGAAGAAAUAGAGGCAGACGAGUACCAGGAUGCUGAUUGGAGUGACCUCACAGAAAGUCAGCUAGAAGAACUUGUUUUGAGCAAUUUGGAUGCAAUUUUCAAGAGUGCAACAAAAAAAAUUGUUGCUUGUGGCUACACAGAAGAAGUAGCUACAAAGGCUGUCUUGAGGUCUGGCCUUUGUUAUGGUUAUAAAGAUACCGUUUCAAAUAUAGUAGAUAAUACCUUAAUGUUCCUUAGAAAUGGUCAAGAGAUAAAUACCUCAAGGGAACACUACUUUGAGGAUUUACAGCAGCUGGAGAAGUAUAUACUGGCAGAACUGGUUUGUGUUCUUCGAGAAGUUAGGCCUUUCUUCAGUACUGGGGAUGCAAUGUGGUGCUUAUUAAUUUGUGACAUGAAUGUCUCGCAUGCAUGUGCAAUGGAUGGUGAUCCCUUGAGUAGUUUCUCAGGUGAUGGAGCUUCAAUUGGGAAUUCAUAUGUUUCCACCCAACCCCAGCUAAAAACAGAGGCAAAAAAUUCUGAAAUGAAUCUUCCAAAUCCCUGUGAACCAGUUCCUUCAAUCUCUAGUUCUCAUAGUUCUCAAUCUGAGGCACCUGUUGUGGGAGGGGUUCCAAAUAUAACAAAAUCAAAGAAUUCCCUUGUUCUCGGUGGACUAUCAGAAAAAGAGAGCUCUAAUUCCAUGUCUGAUGCCUCGGAUAAAACUUUCAGUGCUGCAGGAACAUCUCAAUCUCCUGCAUUGGAGGAAAAGUUUGUGGAUAGUAGAAAGGUACAUUCAGGUGGUACCAAGAGAGAAUAUGUACUUCGUCAGAAGUCUCUUCAUUUGGAGAAACACUACCGGACAUAUGGAUCUAAAGGAUCUUCAAGAGCUGGGAAACUGAAUGGUUUGGGUGGCUUAAUCUUAGAUAAGAAACUAAAAUCCGUGACUGAGAGUACUUCUGUUAACAUAAAGAACACUUCCUUAAAAAUAAGCAGGGCCAUUGAAGUACAUCAAGAAAAUGGGAACCAUAAUCCAUCUACCAGUCCUGGAACCUCUUCACCUGUAGUGUUUACUGCAGAAAGUUCAAAUGCCAUUUCUGCAUCGCUCAAGACCAGUGUACUAUCCACAUUCCCUCCAGUUAGUACUUCAUCUACUUUACCUUUAGCGAAUAACCUGUCUGCAUUAUCAACUGCUGAUACAGAGCUUUCUCUUUCAUUGCCUACCAAAAGCAACUCUGCUCAAGUGCUUGUUAGUGCUAAUGCUGAGGGACUUAAUGGUAGCUAUGCUGGUUUACAGUAUGAUAAGUCUAUGGGACAGUGGGUUCCUCAGGACAAGAAGGAUGAGCUGAUUGUGAAGCUUGUUCCUAGGGUGCGGGAACUGCAGAAUCAACUCCAUGAAUGGACUGAGUGGGCUAAUCAGAAGGUUAUGCAGGCUGCUCGAAGGCUCAGUAAAGACAAGGCCGAACUUAAGACACUGAGGCAAGAGAAAGAGGAAGUUGAACGACUCAAGAAAGAGAAGCAGAUUUUGGAGGAAAGCACUAUGAAGAAGCUCUCUGAAAUGGAGAAUGCUUUGUGUAAGGCCAGUGGGCAAGUGGAGCGUGCUAAUUCUGCUGUACGUAGGCUUGAGGUAGAGAAUGCUGCCCUGAGAGAAGAGAUGGAAGCAGCUAAAUUACGUGCAGUAGAGUCAGCUGCAAGCUGUCAGGAAGUAUCAAAGAGAGAGAAGAAGACACAAAUGAAGUUUCAGUCAUGGGAGAAGCAAAAAACUUUGUUCCAAGAGGAGCUUGUGACUGAAAAACGCAAGGUUGCACUGCUGCUACAGGAACUAGAGCAACAGAAAGUUCUCCAGGAACAAUUUGAGGCUCGAUGGCAAGAGGAACAAAAGGCGAAGGAAGAAUUACUUAUGCAGGCCAGUUCAAUAAGAAAAGAAAGAGAGCAGAUUGAGGCUACAGCAAAAUCUAAGGAAGAUAUGAUCAAAUCUAAAGCAGAAACGAAUUUGAUGAGGUAUAAAGAUGAUAUCCAAAAGCUCGAGAAAGAAAUCUCCCAAUUGAGAUUGAAGACCGACUCUUCAAAAAUUGCUGCACUUCGGAGGGGCAUUGAUGGAAGCUAUGCCGGCAGACUUAGCAACAUCAGAAAUGGCCCAGUAAACAAGGAGUCCCAGACUCCUUUUAUCUCAGAAGUUGUGACAAAUCUCUAUGACUUCUCUGGGACAGGAGGUGUGAAACGUGAACGUGAGUGUGUGAUGUGCCUUUCAGAGGAGAUGUCAGUAGUUUUUCUUCCAUGUGCCCAUCAGGUAGUUUGCACAACGUGCAAUGAGCUCCAUGAGAAACAGGGGAUGAAGGAUUGUCCUUCUUGUAGGAGUCCUAUCCAGCGGCGUAUUCCUGUACGUUAUGCUCGCUCUUAAUAGUAAUUGUGUUGAGUUGAGUGUUCUGAAUAAUGGUUGUCGGACUCCUUUAUAUGGAAUAAUGCAUCUGAAUUACCCCUUUCGAGAGUUAAGACAAUUAGUCUUGUCAUACAUUGCAAGGUUGAUGCUUCUGUGUACUUUUUUCCAUAUUUUUAAUGGGCUUUGGCAGUAUAUAUGCUUCAAUUUCAAUCUUAAUAUGAGGCAGCUCACAAUUUUCCUGGCUC